GUUGUUGUUAGAGCGGGGAUGGAGAAGCCGAGGCACCGCUACCGGCGCCGCUGAGCUAGCACUGAAGCCAGAGAGAGAGAGAGAGAGAGAGAACCGGAGAGAAUUUACCGGGAGAGAAAUGGAGACGGUGGAGCAGCUCGUGUCUUUCCUCCACAUCCAGGUCCAGUUGAACGGGGGCGCGCCUUGGGGGUUCACGCUGAAAGGAGGGCUCGAGCACGGCGAGCCACUCAUCAUCACCAAAAUCGAGGAUGGAGGGAAAGCGGCGCUGUGCCAGAAGCUGAAGUUGGGCGACGAGCUGAUCAACAUCAACGGCUCGGCGCUCUACGGCAGCAGACAGGAAGCCUUGAUCCUCAUCAAAGGGUCGUACCGGAUCCUGAAGCUGGGAGUCAGGAGACGCAGCGUUCCCGUCAUCCGGCCUAACUCCUGGCACCUGGCAAAGCUAUCGGAGUUACCCCUCCCUCCCCCUCCCACGCCUCCAUCGCCUCCUCCUCCACCCUGCCUCCCCCCUGCAGACUCCCCUCCUCUCCCCCCUCCUCCCCCUCUGUCUGCCAUGCAGCUCCACCCCGGCCCCUACACUAUAGUACCCUGGCACUCGACUGACAACAGUGACUUGCAGUGGGGUCAGCUGUCCAGACCUUACUCCUCCACGGACCGAAGCAGUUCCCUGGGCUCCAUGGAAAGCUUGGACACACCAACACCCACACCGCAGCCCUAUUCGGACUCCCAUAUUUCCCCCGUCGACCCAACCCUCUUCAACAACAAAAGAGACUCUGCCUACAGCUCAUUCUCCGCCAGCUCAAACACAUCCGACUACGCAACGGUGCCACUGAGGCCCGGUGAAGCUUGCUCCAUGGAUAACCUCCUGCAGGGACUGGGGCCAGCUUGUCGAGGCUACCCUGUCGGUGACACCUCAACCCUGGGGAGUUCAUCUAGCGAGGCGCCGGAUGACUUGCAGGUUAUUGUUCUCAAGUCCAGGUCACUGACCAGGCCGAGGUCUAAGCCCGUUGAGAUAAAAGAGAGGCCUUCCUCCUGCUGUUAUGAGGAGGAUCGGAGGGGAGGAGACUUUGAGAUCCUACGAAAUGGAGAAAGAGGAGCUGAGAGGAAGAUGAACCCUCCUCAGCCUCCGACCAGGAAGGACAGUUUCAGGGCAACCCGGAGUCGCCCGAACGCCGUCAACAAACGCUGCGUCUCUGCUCCCGUUGAAAUUUCCAAUGAUACUUUUUCCCUGGAAGUAAACUCCUCUCUGAAUGUUGAAUCAGGAAUUCAAAAUGGCUUCCUUGCACCGGAGGAAUGUGGCAAAACUGGGGAUUUGAAAGAGGAUACCUUGAACUCGCACUAUAUCCAAAGACAGACUGAAGACGUUAGACAUAUCAGAUGUGAUAUCAGUGCUAAUAAAGACUACAAUUCAGACACCACCUCAGAGACCUCCUCCCUAGUCCCCAUGACCUCUCCUUGUCCUGCAUCCUUACCUGCAGAAUCCUCCAUGGAGGCUCAAGAGCAAUCUCGUAUCACCCACUCCCAGACCAAGCACUCCUCGACGGGGCUUCACCGGCACAGCGCCCCUGCUAAGCUCCUCGCUACACAGCUCCAGUUAUUGGAGAGUGACGGUGACGGAUCUUCUUUGGAGCCUCACAAUCCGUCGAUUACUUCCGAUCCCUCCUUGUCCUCAUCCAGCAGCCAGUGGUCCUAUUCAUCGCUCCAGCCCACGAGGGAAGACCCAGACCCCUCUCACAACGGACCGUCAAACAAAUGGGGAGGUAGCCGUUGCUCAACCCCGGGUUCUGUGUUCUUGGAAGAUGAUGAGGAGAGGCUUGGUCUAAAUGGAGGGCCCGUUACCACGGUUGAGCAUCACCACCCUUGGCGUCGAUCAGUGAGUGUACCUGGGGACCCGACUGGAUUGUCAGUCCAGGGGCGGUUGAGCUCGGACCAGAUACUGGAGACAGAUUUCCAGCCUCUUAAUGCUGCUGCUAGUAUGGAUACAUUACUGGAGGAGCACAGAGCAGUGGAUAGAGGAGGUAUAAUUGAAGAGAGUCCAGCAGGUGAGACGGACAUGAGAAGGUCACCGGCGUCUAGGAACCAUCGUAGGAACCGCCGUCGCAACGAGCGAUUUGCCACCAACCUCCGCAAUGAGAUCCAGAGGAAAAAGGCCCAGCUUCAGAGGAGCCGGGGCCCAGGGGGGUUGCUGUGUAGUGGGGAAACUGUGAAGGAGGAGGAAGGUCCAGACCUCAAUGAGGAAGGGGCUGACCCAGACCCGCCUGUCCAGGAAAGGAUUACCAAAGUUGCAUUCGCCUCACCUGUCAGUCCCCUAGAUUCCAGCACCACAUCACCAGCCGAGAGAGCAAACACCUCAAGUAAAAACCGUGAUGAUCUGCAGUCCACAAGCGACAAUCAAGACAGCAACCUAUCCAGGUCUGUGCAGAUCCUGGACCCAGGAGUGCCAAACUUUGGUGUUGGCGUCCGAGUCGUGGAGGAACCGGCUCCUGCUGGCAAAGCCCGUCGCUGGCGUUGGACCCCAGAGCACAAACUCCAACCAGAACCCGAAUCAGACCGAUGGUGUGGAGCCUUGAGUAAGGAGCCGUUGGGAGUCACUGGAUCACGGCAUGGGGUUUGUGCCUUCACCUCUUCAUCCUCAUCCUCUUCCUCGUACACUCGUUCCUCUUCUUUCUCUCGGAAGGACGAGUCAGAUAUCCUCCCGUUUGCUGAUAGAAUGAAGUUUUUCGAGGAGACGAGUAAGAGUAUCUCUGGGCUUAAUAUGUCGAGUCGGAGGCAGAAGAAAACCCUCCAACAAUCGGAGCAGCAGGGAGGGGAGCUCGGUCAACACCCAACCCAGAGGAGAUACUCUUACCAGGGAGGACUCCUGCAGGAAAGCGACCCUCUUACCAACACUGUGGAGGCCAGGAGGCUUUCAAUGAGUACCAGCAGGGAGAGACAGAAGGAGAAAGAGAGAGAGAGGGAGGAGAGGGCAAGAGAACGAGAGAGGGAAGAGAGGCUGAGAGAGAGGGAGAGGGAAAGAAAAGAGUGGGUUUUGCAAAUGGAGAGGGCAAGGCUGAAGGAGAUUCAGCAGGAGAGGGAACGAGAGGAGAGGGUGAGACAGUGGGAAAGGGAAAGAGAGUUGGAGAGGGAAAAGGAGAUGGAGAGGGCCGGAGAGCAGGAACGUCUCAAAAAAGAACGAGAGGAAGAGCUCAGGAGGGAGAAGGAAAGGGGAGAUCAGGAGUUUUAUGGCAUCAAAGACAGAAAUCAAGACUUCCAACACAAGCCUCAGGCGUUCUCCCACAGCCCAAACCAGAAUCACGUCCCCCGAUCGGCUUUCCAUCCCGUCAACACCCCACCCCAACCCACGGAGAGCCAGCAACCACUUCACCCGGGAUACUCAGCGAGGAGCUACACACCCAAGAUGUAUCCCGCCCGGCAACAGGAAACAGCCAAGCUGAACAGGAAGUACAGCCUGACUGAGAGGGACUACUCCAGCUGGAGACGUGAGUCCAGACCCCCAGAGAGCAACAGCCAGCACCACCAGGGCCAAUGGAGCCACAGACCGGCUGACGGAGACGAUCGUAAUGGAUACUCCUUCCCUCCCCCGUCGGCCCCUCUCUCCCUCCGGGGACGAGCCAUGUCCGAAAACGACCUCCGCUUCGACAGCAGCCACCGCUGGUCGCCGUCCAUUUCUGUCGCCACCAGCCAGACGUUGAGCGAGGUGGAGGAGGGAGGGGGAGGAGUCACGGGAGGAGAAGCUGCCAACACUGCACGGAUGAACAGGAAGAAAACCCCGCCUCCACCGAGACCACCGCCCCCGAAGUGGGAGCAGUUUCACCGCAGGCGGGCGUCUCACCACGCCCUGUUCUCCACUUCUCCUCAAUCCAUCCCUCCAUCUUUGGACACCCCCCACUCCUCUUCAUGCAUCCCUCCACCUGCAGCCGACACGUCCAGACAGAGGUCCUACAGUCUUCCUCCGCAGAGACAGGAAGUGUCCGACGGCUGCCCGCGAUGCAGCUGCAGCAAAACCCAGUCAUCCAAUCAGAAUCAAGCACAGACGCCGGAGCACGCCUUUUCCCACGCUCCAUCCAAUCAGGUUCCGCCUCAGGACCGGACUUUCGCCGUAGCUCCGCCCAGUCCCAUGUUCUCCAGGAGAGGCUUCAGACCCGUGGCCCCACCCCAGGCAGAAAGGGACCAGAGGGGGGGGUAUGGACAGCAGGAGAGGGAGGAGGUUAUAUCCUCUCUACCUCCACCUCCACUUCCACCAAAAGAGAGCAGUAUGAACAGAGUAUCUGAGGCGAUCAUCAGCCCUGAGGAGGACAGAGUAACAGUGAAGCCUCUCAAGCAGCACUCCAACAUCAGACCCGGAGCAGAGUGGGAGAGAACUCCAUCUCCCAGAGUUCAUAGUGACUCAAUAACCCUUCCACCUGUGAUAGAGAACGGCCUGGUUUCCCCUCCUGAAUCCUACCUCUCCGUCGACUACGAGCAGCAGCAGCUCCGAAUGAGCCGAGGCUUCCAGAGCAUCGAGCCCCAGAAGAUCCCCGAACCCGGGACCGAAUCGGAGACGACCCUGAGUCCGAGUCCCGCCCACAGCCUGGACGCAGAGCUGGACAUCCCCAUGGAGACGGACAUCGACGACUUCCAGGAGGAGGACGUGCUCCUGGCGGAGGACGAGCCAAUCACCAGCGAGCUGCCGUGCUUCGCGCUGCCGGUGACGGUCCUGGAGACGGACAUCGACACGUUACCGGAGAGCGUCUCCCUGGAGGAGGAGCUGGAGGUGGGAGGAGAGAGUCUGAGUCUGGAGGAGCUCUUCCCCCACAGCGGUGAGGGGGAGUCGGGCAGGGAGAGCUGGAGAGGAGCCUACCAGAGCCCGGAGCACAACACCGACAGCCUGGAUAGGCGCUCCGGGGCGAGCUCCAGCUGCUCGUCGUAUUACAGCACGUCGGCCGCCAAGGCGCAGCUCCUGUCGCAGAUGAAGGACUUCACCGACACCAGGGAGCGGGACGAGGACGACGAGCUCACGUACAAGAAACAGCUGAUGGAGAGCCUCAGGAAGAAGCUGGGGGUCCUGAGGGAAGCUCAGAGGGGGCUGCAGGAGGACAUCAGAGCCAACACUCAGCUGGGGGAGGAGGUGGAGGGCAUGGUGGUUGUGGUGUGUAAGCCCAACGAGGUGGACAAGUUCCGCAUGUUCAUCGGAGACCUGGACAAGGUGGUGAGUCUGCUGCUGUCGCUGUCCGGGCGGCUGCUGAGGGUGGAGAGCACGCUGGACACUCUGGACCCCGACACGGAGCACCACGAGAGGCUCCCCCUGCUGGAGAAGAAGCGUCAGCUCAUGCGUCAGCUGUUGGAGGCUCAGGACCUGAAGGACCAUGUGGACCGCAGAGAGCAGGCCGUCAGCCGGGUGCUGGCCCGCUGCCUGACCCCCGAGCAGCACCGAGACUACAGCCACUUUGUGAAGAUGAAGGCGGCGCUGCUGGUGGAGCAGAGGCAGCUGGAGGACAAGACCCGGCUGGGGGAGGAGCAGCUCCGGGGGCUGAGGGAGAGUCUGGGGCUGGGGCUGGGCAUCGGGAUGGGGAUGUCCAUGGGAUACGGACUAUACUGACACAAUAAACCAAACAACUGAAGAGGAGAUGAAGAAGAAAGGGGGCUUUUGGAAGCAUGAAGUAAACACAAAAGUAGGAGGAAAGAGGAUGGAGAACAAAAUGAAGAACUGAUUUGAAAAGAGUUGUCUAUGUUUUAAAGGAAUAGUUUGGUAUUUUGAGGAAUAACCGCCAAAACUCCAUGUUCUAUUUGGGUUUUAAAAGGAGAUUAUUUGCCAGAAUAAGUCUUAGCUGGACACUGUGACUUCCUGGAGUCUUGAUGCUAAGCUAAGCUAACCAUCGCCCAGCUGUAGCUUUAGAUUUAGCAAUCAAACAUGUCAGGAUUAGCAACUUUCCAGAUGUUGAAGGACCAAAACCACAGCUAAAACACACUAAUGUUUUUUUUAAUCUGCGAGAUAAAAGACUGGAUUUUGGUGCUACAGUUAAAAAAAGACAGAGAAGAAGAAGAAGUCACAGAAACAAUGGACUUCAGAUAUCUUCAAACAGAACAAAAACAUGUCAAGAACUGAACUUAGACUGUAAUUAAGGAGCUGAGAGCAUGUGGAUGGAUACACAAGAGGAUUUAGUUUGAUAAAGAGGAGAAAAAGGAGGUUUUUCCCACGCAUUUACACCCUAUGCUUCACAUGAUGUGCCUGAAACAUGUACUGUAAUGAAACUUGUUCUAACACUACGUUGCCAAAGACAUUUUCUCUGAUGAUGAAUGUGUCCCUGAGACGCUGCUUUUUGUUCUGGUGUUUUCUUUUCUAUUUAAAUCUCCUGGUUCAGAGAAUUCAAGGAGACUGCAGCAUUAUUUACUGCCUGAUAUACAUACUCUGUAUUAUCUACCAUAGUAUCAUAUCACUUCCUGUUCUGUUUGUGGAGUUUGAGACUCCACUGUCACGUGAUAACUGUUACUGUACAGAAGACUGUUGUGUUUAUAAUGUAAACGAUGUAUAUAUAGUGAGCGUUUUGUUGUUUUAAAUGACUGGAAUUGAUUGUAAAAAUUGGUUGUAAAAGAUGGUAAGACCGGUAAGAGAUUACUGUAUAUUUUUGACGGGGAAGAGUUUGAUUAGUUCCAGUUUUUGCUGUUAGCUUGUUCCGAUAUUUGCUAAAGUUUCCCCCCCUCACUCUUGUCUUUUGCUGGUCCCAGUUUACAUUUAAUCCAUACAUUUAAUAUUCCCUUGAGACAGUAUAAAUACCACUUAAUCCUUUUCUUGUUGAGAGUUAUAUUAGAUAACGCUACAGGCAGCACUUCUGUUAGCUUAGCAUAGUUUAGCUUAGCAUAAAGACUGGAAACAGUGAAUCAGUUGGCCUCGACAACAGCAUGUUAGGGCAAUUGUAGGCGGAAUCAUAAAUAAAAAAGGAGCCCGGGAAUGAACUAAAUAUACAGAGAAUUAACUCAGAGCUUAUAAUUGUAAUUUUUUAAUUAUGUUUUAUUUUUAAAUUCUCCAAAAAAAUUUGUUCUCAUAAUUUGUGAUUUUAAUUUCAAGUAUUGGCGAUUUUUCCUGAUACAUGUAUAAAAAGCUAAGAGAGAUUAUUAUUAUUAUUAUUAUUAGGUUUUUUGUUUCCUCUUGUAAAUUAAAGACUCGUAAAUUCAGAUUAAUUUGAGGAAUAUAACCCCCACUAUAGGCUCUGUUUUUUAAAACUAUCUUAAACCCACAUAAGCAGGGCUCUUUCCAAAGCUAACACAUGCUACCAGUACAGUCCAUAAAGCUAAUUAUUUAACAUGCUAUAUUCUGCUAGCAUAGUUUGACUUUUGCAUUUUGGUUUUUGUUUGAAUUAUCAAAUAUAACGUGUUAGUUAGGGAGCUUUAGAGGUGAUGGUACCUGAAGGCUAGCUGUUUCCAGACUCAUGCUAAGCUAAGCUAACUGGCACGAUUUUGGCUUCAUGUGUCAAUCUUCUCAUCUAAAUCUCAGCAAGAGAGAAGUUAAGUGUUUUUCCCCACAAUGUUAAAGUAUUCCUUUAAAACUUGAGCAAAAUUUACAUUUUUGUGCCAAAACUCGAUCAAAUUUUCCCCAUUUGUGAAAUAUUUGCCAAAGUCUCUGGAGCUUUAAGCAGCUGCCUAAACCUCAGACAGUAAGGCUUUCAGCACUGCCUGUGUGAGUGAAUCAAGUAAAUAAAAACUGGCUAAACAAGAAGAGGAAGGGAGAGGAAAUGUGUAUAGUUUGGCUGUUGAAAGGUGGACUGAGGUUAUGUUUAAAAAAAAAGCAGACACUUAAUCAUUUUCUACUUUAACAAAAAUGCAGUUUGAAGUUCAUUAAAAGUUACUGCUUCACAUUUGUUCUUCCAUCGUUUGUUCUCAGAUGUUUCCUGCUUUUUAAAUACCAAACUUGUUCUGUUUUGUACAUAUUCUGUGUUUUCUUGUACUAUACAGCCAAUUGGAAACGUAUAGACCUUUGAAGAGGGGAAAGAAAGUUGCUUAUGAGAGUUUAUUUCGACUGUUAAUUUUUCUCUUAUGUCAUUUUGAUUUAUUUCAAAACCUUUUUCUUGUAAAAUUGCAUUACAAACAGCAAAAACACUCAUAAGAGAAGGAGUACCAUAAAUAAUAAUAAUAGUAUUUUAAACAA